UCGGCUCCCUGGGCACCUCUGUCAGAGCCCCGCCCAGGGCCACGUGGCCCGCCCCAAUAUAAGCAGCUACCAACCUGAGACUGAGAACUCAGUGUCCAGGUCACCCACACCUAUCUGCCUCAUCGCCAUCGCUGUCCUGCAGCCAUGUCCUACCCAGUGACCAGCCAGCCCCAGUGUGCCAGCAGCUGCUACCAGACCCAGCUCAGUGACUGGCACACCGGACUCACAGACUGCUGCAACGACAUGCCUGUCUGUCUGUGCGGCACUUUCGCCCCUCUGUGCCUCGCCUGCCGCAUCUCGGACGACUUUGGGGAGUGCUGCUGCGCGCCCUACCUGCCCGGAGGCCUGCACUCCCUGCGCACCGGCAUGCGGGAGCGCUACCACAUCCAGGGCUCUGUCGGGCACGACUGGGCGGCCCUCACCUUUUGUUUGCCCUGCGCCCUCUGUCAGAUGGCGCGGGAAUUGAAGAUCCGGGAGUAAGGAAGCCCCCCAUCCCUCCUCCUUUUCUACCUGUCGCGCUGGGCCUCCUCUGCCCCUCCGCCCUA